AUUCUUGUGUUCCAGGAGAAUAUGCAUCUAUAUCUCAGUGAAAUGUUAAUAGCUGCAUUUGAACAAAUGCAAUGGCGUUCCCUGUUUGAAUCGCAGCAGAGCCAUCCACCAUCACCACCCAAAAGUAGCGGCUCCUGUCCAGAACUGGCUGCAUCUGCCGAGCAAAAUUCUUCGCAACCUUUAGAAACAUCCCCCGAAGUACACCAGAUCGGGUCAUCAGUUUUUUACACGGCUGCUGAUAAUUUACAGGAGGAGCACCCCGAAGAAAUGCCUGUAGUGAAAAAUUUGGAUGACAGUAGUGAUAAUGAGUACGCAAAUUCUGCCGAAAUUGUUGCGUCAUCGCUUCUACGACAUUUUGCCUCACUGAGGAAACCACGUUCGGCCAGCGAUAUCCAAUGGCUUGUUUCCUAUGCACAAGCACCUCAAAUGAGCGGCUCCUGUCCAGAACUGGCUGCAUCUCCCGAGCAAAAUUCUUCGCAACCUUUAGAAACAGCCCCGGAACGCCAGGUCGGAUCAUCAGUUUUUUACACGGCUGCUGAUAAUUUACAGGAGGAGCACCCUGAAGAAAUUAGUGAUAAUGAGUACGCAAAUUCUGCCGAGAUUGUUGCGUCAUCGCUUCUACGACAUUUUGCCGCACUGAGGAAGCCACGUUCAGCCAGCGAUAUCCAGUGGCUUGUUUCUUAUGCGCAAGCACCUCAAAUGCUUCUACCAAUGCCGGAUGACAUAGCGGUAUAUUUUGAUGAGUUAGAUCGCAACGGUCGACCUAUAUUCUUCCGUGGUUCGGACGAUUGGGCACCUCCGCGAAAGCAGUGGAUUUUCCAGCUUCAUCCACGUUGCAAGAGUGUUCCAAAGUUACUGGAGCAGCAGCAGUAUCGUUGUGCUGGUUGUGGAAUCAAAGUUGGCAAAAUAUACACACGGCGUAUGCGUUAUUGCGAUUACUACGGCAAAAUGUUUUGCCAGCGAUGGAAUAUCCGCUUAUAUGGAAUAUUCUCUACAGUACCAAAUUAUAUGCUAACAGAUGCUGAUGUCUAUUCGAUGGCCGAUUUAGAGGAUGUCCAGAAAGGAGAGCUUUUUAAAAUCAUUGCACCAAUUGUCAAAUAUGGACGAUAUCACGUUGAAAGUUGCGAGCACUGUAGUGCGCAGGCAUUUGUAUGCGAAUUGUGUGACGAACGAGACGAUCUGUUAUUUCCAUUUCAAUUAGAGCGUGUGGAACGAUGUGAUGAGUGCGGUUCUUUGAGCCAUCGAAAAUGUGCGGCAAAGCGACGCAAUAACGGAAAACCGUGCCCAAAAUGCAUGCGAAUUCAGCAAAAUUUGUUAGUUUUAAUUUUUCUUUUUUGGCAGUUAACCAAAAAUUCUGUUGGGACUUGA